AUGCCGAGAGGAAUGAAAAACAGUGAAGCUGAAGGACAGAACAAACAUCCGAGAGCACAGAGAUUCAGACCAAAUGCUCGACGACGUCAACGGAUUCCAAAACAACAAAUUACCAAGCAAAUACAAACAGAUGAAGUCAAUUCGUCACCUACAAAAAACAAGAGCCCAAUGUGUGAAGCAACGAAAACCAAUGAAAGACGAGACCCAUAUGAAAUAUCGAAAGAAGAAAUUGAUAAGUAUAAGGAGACGAAGAAGAGAGCAUUUUAUGUAUUCCUUGUUAUUGUCAGGCUUUAUAUAUGGAGAACCAAAUUUGUCGAGCUUGGUAAUAAUACACGUUGA